UACAAUGAUUUUGUUUUCAAAUAUAUUUGCAUUCUCAAUGGUGUUCACGGUUAACUGUCAAAGACAAAACAUUUCAGCUGUCAUUUCUUACAAUAGUUCCAAUUCUGCUUGCAUGCCAUCCAAAAUGGAGAAAGAGCGACUCACCGCGAGCGAAGUUAAAGAAUAUCUCGCCCGUAUCAAUUACAAAGGCCCUGUAAAAUCAACUUUUGAAGCGUUAACUGAAUUGCAACGAUGCCAUAUGCUAUCCGUGCCUUUUGAAAACCUGAGCGUUUUUGGAAAAGAGGAAAUAAUUAUUUCCAAAGAUUGGUUGUUCGACAAAGUUGUUCGAUGAGAACGUGGUGGUUUGUGCUAUGAACUGAACAGUUUGUACUCGCUCCUUCUCGAUCAUUUUGGUUUCAGUCACACUCUCCUUGCAGGUGCAGUGUUCGACAGCCACGGGGGAAAUCGUAAAGGAAUGCCUUUUGAUCAUAUGAUUUUAAUGGUCGCUAUAGAAGACAAUCUGUGGCUGACUGAUGUUGGAUUUGGAGACUCCUAUUUAACCCCUCUAUGUUUCACUAUGUUAGAGCCUCAAGAACGAAAAAGUGGAAUUUAUCGCAUCCGUAAAGAAGGUGAAGAGUAUCUAUACGAGGUACUGAAGCCUAAGGUAGUUACAGAAGAGCCUAGCCGUGAAGACAAGAGCAGAAGUGACGUCGAAGAGUGGGUUUCAAGGUGUAAGUUUGAUCUGACUCCAAGGAGCAAAAAAGAUUUCAAAGACAUGCUUGACUACCAUCAAACCAACCAGGAGUCGCCAUUUACACACGGACGCAUUUGCACCAUGGCAACCUCUUGUGGAAGGGUAACUCUUGUAGGGAAUAAACUAAUAACUUCAACCUAUCUCGGAGACAACAAAGUUCGGAAAGACAUGAAGGAUCUCGGCGGAGAGGAGGAAGUAGUAAAAAAACUUGAAGAGAACUUUGGGAUAAAUAAAGAAUCUUGUUUAUACCCUGAAGGAUCUGUAUUCCAUUGAUUAGACAAAGAUAAGGGGCAAAGAAAAAAGGCACAUAUCUUUUGGUCAAUGAAACAAAUCACUUAAUACAUGCUUAUUGGCCAGAUUGAACUAGCCAGGUAAAUAAACAAAUGAAACACAUGACAAAGUUUGUUGAAAGUAAAUCUAAUGUAAGUAACUAUGUACUUCCACUUUAUUUUAUUUCCACAAAUAGACAGUUACUGACUGAAGCGUUUCCAGUAUGAGAAGACAAUUUGUGCCUUAACUAGAGACUGAUAAUAAUGCUGAUCUUCCUUAGGGAAGUGCUUGGUUCUUACUGUCCAUAAUUACCAGUCAUAACCUCUUCCUGAAAAAAUAUAAAUUUGCAACCUAAAAUAAUUAACUACUAAUACUCCAUUUAUGAAGUUAGUUCUCUAUCAUCUCAGUUACUAUUUAACCUUGGCACUAUUUACUUACUAUAUGACAAAGUUACAUGCAAGUUGAUAUAAUAUACACUGUGUUGACAGAGGGGGACAUUGGGCUUUGGCAAGGACUUAAUUAAUUCCAUAAGCUAUAAUAAGGAAUCUUCCUCUUCCAUGAUAAGAAAUAGGAGUGAGGAAUUCUUGAUUAAUCUUAUCUUAAAUUGUAGUUCAUAGUUUUAUAUUUUUAUAUUUGUAUUAUUACUAUUAAUUAUUAUUUAACUUAGAUAGAUAGUAGAUAUGCAGGUCCACAUCAGGACUUCAGUGUUGCGUAUUCUGUAACCUGCAUCAUAACUAUGCCUGCGUUACCAAAUAAAUAAACUAUGUAUGUAUG